AUGAACCCUCAGACGAAUUUCUUUUUAAACACAGAAAAUUAUUUGCGAUCUUUUGAUAGAAUUUCUAUUGAAAAUAAUAAAAUUGCGGACUGUCCAACAACUUUGUGCCAUCCGAAAAGUGAAAAAUAUCGCGCAGAAUCGCUUAAAAAUGACACCGUCGUGAGCUCAAAAUCAGAAAUAAGUGGUUCGUUAUUAUAUUUUGGAUAUAAUUCUGAUGAUUACGAGCGUGGCUUAGAAUGGUCAACGAGUAGCUAUAAUCCCAUCCCAUUCUACAAAGAUAAACAAAAACAACGACGGGUUCGAACGACAUUUACGUCCAAACAACUCAAGGAAUUGGAAAAAAUUUUCCAAGAGACACAUUAUCCUGAUAUUUAUACACGCGAGGAGAUCGCAAUGAAAAUAGAGCUUACUGAAGCGCGUGUGCAGGUUUGGUUCCAAAACAGACGCGCCAAAUUUCGCAAACAAGAACGUCAAGUCAAUAUUGUUUGCCCCAAAGCAUCCGAGAUUUCACAAAAGCAAUUGCAAAAUCCUUUUGAAACGAGUUCUAAAUGUCUUUCGCCGUUUAUGAUGUCGACACUUCUUUCAACGGAAUCAACUUCGAAAUCUUUACAAUUGAUUAAAUGAAAAUAAAAACUAACUAAAUUAAUUAACUUUUGUAAACUGACG